AUGGGCACUGGAACCAAGAAGCAAGGGAGUCCUUUUACCUGGCCUGAACUUUCUCAACUGGAGACACAUUCAGUAAGGAAUCAGGCCAUACUUCUAGAGCUGCGAGGACGUACCAUGUACCCAUUUUCUACCCUAGAAAUCAUUAACAGCCAAAUGGACCUGUGGUCUAUAGAGAGGCUGGGCAAGUGUCUUCUUUCCAGCAAUUUGCUCUCAAUUAUAUUGGAUUACAACAAGUUUGGAAAUGAGGAAGUUGAUAUUCUUAUGGCUGGCCUGGAAAAAAACCAAAAGCUUAUGAUUCUUAGCCUCCGUUAUUGUAAUCUGGGACCAACCAGUGGCUCAAAACUGGGCUGGGCAGUUAGUCAAAGUGCCAUUUGUGAACUUUAUCUUAGUGGUAAUUACUUACAAUGUUCUGGGGCCUUGGCUCUCAUCAGACCUAUAGCAGAAUUUGCAGAAAACCAGGGAAAAGAUAAACCGACAAAUCUUUUACAAGACAGGAGGAGUCCACCUCAACAAGUGCUUCAAGGAUUCAAGAAAAAUGAAAAAGGAUCUUCUCAAACUGGUCCUUGGGUAAUCAAGCUGCAUUUGGAUGAUAAUGGCAUAGAUGGACGAGGGAAAGAAGGAGAAAGGGGUGUUCUGGAAUUCACUCAACUUUUAACUUAUCUUAUAAAAUAUUCUGACCACUUAAGAGAAAUAGAUCUUGGCAAUAAUGUUCUGGGAGAAAUUGCUGCUACUAAUAUACUGGAAGCAUUAAAGGAACGAAAGAAAGCCAAACUGCCAAACUUACAUAUUAUAGUCACCCCACAAAUUUCUUCAGAUAUUUUCAGAUCCAUCUGGGAAAACAGCAGAAAGUUUGGCUCUGUCCAAAAGAAAAAGAAGAAGGUAAGCAAUUAA